AUGUCAGAAGGCUAUAUUUUGGCUGCUCUUGAAUUCUUAAUACAAUAUGGUGGAACUCAAAGCAUUAAAGACUUGUGGGUACUAAUGUGUAACAAAUUCCACCAACUUUCUGAUUUUAAACAUGGUGUUGGGAAAAGUCAUCAUAGUUUCGAGAAAUUUUUGUUAUCUAACCCAACAAUCUUUAAUGUUGCUGAUAAUUUCGUUUGUCUUACUGAUAUUAGCAACCCUUUAGAAAAUGAAAGGGACUACUCACAUCAGUAUAAUAGUCGUUGCAAUAAUACUUCUCUUAAAAAUUCAAAAAAUAUCCGAAGUAAAUAUACCAUAGAGUCAGAGGCUUCAGCCGUUCGAUAUUUUCAAGAACAGUUGCUAAGAAAACCAGAACGAUGGGUCCCAAUAAGAAACUUGGCUGGACAUUUAUCACAGGCAUCUCCUCAUAUUAGACUAUGUGUGGGACCUCAGUCCGAAUUCCUUAAUUUUUUGACGCGGCACUCACUCAUCUUUGAAAUUCAGGGUGAUCUGGUUGGAUUAAGGAACCGAACCAAAAUAGUUUCCUGCACACCUCAACAAUCUGUUAAUAAAAAGAAAGGAGUACGGCCACUGUCAUCACAUUUUCCUGAUGAUCUACACCGGAUAUCUGUUCCCUGUUCUCGUAUAGACGAUAAUUUCUUCAGUCUUCACCGUACUGGCCACGAGGAACCGGCACCUAAAUCGCAAAGUGAAGAUAAUAUUAUUGUGUGUUUAGACGACUGCAAAGCUAUAUUUUGGGUAAUGUACGUCAUAAAACAUAACCUAAAGGAUGAAAUUAUGAUUUCAAGAUUACUUGCAGAGCUUUCAAAUGCCCCUGAUUUGGUGAGGAAUUGUAUUGGUUGGACUCAGAUUGAGCUUUCGGAGUUUCUCAAAAAAUAUAACAGGAUAUUUACUGUUGAUGAGGUUACCGGUGUCGUCGCAGUACACUACACAAACAAACUUAAUAUUUUUGUUGCCUCAAGGCAUAUAAAUGAUUCUUCUAGUGGCCUAAUAGUUUCUCAAAAGGGUUGCAUCUUUUGUGUAAACAGGCUAUGGGGAAUAAUUGAUCUCGGAUUUCACGAACAUGUAUUCUUCGACAGAUCUCUAUUUAGGAAUGUUACAGACCUUACUAAGCAUUUCAAGAUUAAAGAAGUAGUUUAUUUCAAUGCUAUUUUAGCACCUAAAGAUUCUCGUGCAAAAUGGCGUGCUACAUGUGUUUGGAAAGAAACUGAUCAAAUAAUUAAUCAGUUAGCUAAAGUCAAUUAUUCUGAUAAUAAUACUACUAAUAAUAAUAACAGUAAUUUACAACAUUCUGAUAAUCAAUCCCAUCAUCAUCAACAACAACUUAAUGAUGAUCCUGAUUCCGAUAAUAUGUCAGUAGAGUAUGAAUUUAUUACUAAACAGUUUGCUAAUGUACGUAUGGCUGAUGUUUGGGAGAUUGAACAGUUUACAAGUCAGUUAAAAUGUACAAAUUCAGAUGUGCUCAAUAGUAAUACUAAUAGUACUGUUGUGAAUCAUAGCAACAAUAAUAAUAAUAAUCGGUAUAAUCAUACUAAAGAUCAUCAUCGUCUAUCAUUAUUAUCACAAUAUAAUCCAAUUGAUCAUGAACGGAGUUUAUCAAUUAGUAAUGAAUCACUGUCUGAUCUUAAUACAUUAUCUGAAAUACCUAGUAUUAUGUCUGGUAUACAACUGGAACCACCAUCGCCAACAGCAUCGUUAAAUUACCCUGAACAUGAAACUGAUCAUGGUGACAGUUCAAAACAAUUAUAUAAACUGCCUACUCAUAAACCAGGUUGUCCAUGUCAGUGUCUAUUAUCAUCCACACUAAUUCAAGAGAAAAAAUCCAUGAAUAGUGUAACUACACAAACAUUGUUUACAGGUGAAGUUAAAGGAAAAUUUUUUAUCAUGAAACACAAGAUGGUCAUAAUCAUCAUUCUUGAAUUCCAUUGUUAUUAA